AUGGACGCUGGUGGCCACCCUGCAGCCAUUGGGUCAGAAUCGCUGCACACUCUGCAAAGCAUACGAGGCAAGCUUUCAGAGCUUGCGUGGCCCCCAGUCCUCCAGCGGGCAUGGUCGGAUGUAGGUUCCCUCAAGGAUCAGCCGGCCCAGGGUUCCCUGCGCAUCCUCUCCUUGAACUUGCUGGCAGACAGCAAGCAGAAAGAGGAGGAGUGGUCAGCAACUCCGGCAGAGGUGCUGGACUGGUCCAAGCGGCGCCUGCGCUUGCUGGAGAUCCUCUUGCAAGAGGAAGCCGACAUCCUGUGCCUACAAGAGCUGGACUUGGAUUGCAGGGACGCGCGUGACGCAAGGGCUUGCCUGGAUCCUGAGCUUCGUCUGGCAGGCUACAGAGGCAUCUUCACCAGACCAACUCCGCCGGCGACCGAUGGGAGCGCCGUCUUCAUUAAGCAAGACCGCUUCGCCGUGGUUGAGGAGUCUGAUUUCGGAUAUGCAGUGGUUAGUCUUCUGACGGACCUCAAGUUCGACAAGCGUUUUCUAAUCUCCAGCGCACACUUGAAGUCGGGAAAGACAGAAGCAGCAGAGAAGCAGAGAUGCCAACAGAUGGUCUCACUGCUGGACUACUUGUCCCGCAUGUCCUGCACGGCCUGCGGAAUCAUUAUGGCCUGCGACAUGAAUGCAGUUUCCGUGCCAGAUGGCAAGAUUGGUGAACCUCUUGCAUACAGGGCGGCACUGAGCCAUGAGCUCACACUUCAAAGCUCCUAUGCGGAGUCUUCGAAAGAGCCCGAGUUUACAACCUGGAAGCUGAGGCCCAAGGGCGAGGUGAAGCGGACCAUCGACUACAUUUUUCACUCUCCCUCCUUGAGGCCUCAAGGUCUGCUCCAACUUCCACCCGAGUCAGCCAUGCCGCAGGAGCGGCUGCCUAGCCAUUCAUAUCCAUCGGAUCACUUGGCUUUGGGGGUGGACUUUGUUUUCAGCCUGUCAAGCGACGGCGAUGCCGCUGAUGGAAAAGAACUGCCUUCUUGCAGCAGAGGCUUCUAUCCCAUACGGUACGUCUAUUUCCUCACGGAGUUUGUAACAGGCGGAGAGCUCUUCUCGGCCAUCCGCUCCUUGGGAAUUCUGGCCGGGUGGCAAGCCAGGUUCUACACGGGUGGCCUGAUCCUCGCGUUGCAGGCUCUUCAUGAGAAGAGAAUCGUGUACCGGGACUUAAAGCCCGAAAACGUUUUACUUGACUCUGAUGGAUAUCCGAAAAUCAUCGACUUCGGCUGUGCUGUCAGACUUGGUCGCCGAUCAAUCAGGGGCGUGUUGCGCAAGCACGGCUGGAAGAAGGCUCUUGACCUCGUCAAGGACAUGACUUUGAACUUUGUGGAGCAGGAUCUUCAGCUCGUGCUCAGCGUGGCGGCAAAAGCGGCCAAGUGGCAAGAAGCUCUCAGAUUUGCCCGGAGAAUUAACAGUGACCAAGGCGCUAGUGAAGCUGCGAACUCUUGGGGUAAGGGUGACGGCUGGCAACGAGCAAUACAGGUAAUCCAGACUGUGCAGUGGAUGGGCUUUGAGGUCGCGGUCGAGACGCUGAAUGCUGCUUCUAGCUGUGAGAGACGGGGGGUCCGAAGAAGCUGGCUUUUGUCAAUGCAGUGCUUCAGGCAAAUUUCUGCGAAAGGCUUGCGAGCAUCUCCCGUGUCCAUGAAUUCACUCCUGGCCUCUCUGGGCAGUGCUCUUCGAUGGCACAGAGGCUGCCAGUUGCUGCAUGAAGGCCUGCGUCGCAGCAUUGCACCUGAUGAUAUUAGCUUGAACUCGCUCGUGACGGCGUGUGAGAAGACAGCCAAGUGGGAGCUGGCCAUUGGCAUUUCGCUGCUUCAAGGCAUGUUCAGCCUGGAGCCUGACAUCAUCGGGCGCAACGCUGCCAUCAGCUCAUGUGCGAAUGCGGGGCAGUGGCGCCUGGCAUCAGUGCUGCUGUCGUCCUCGAGGCAGCUGGGCAUACGUAUGAGUCUAGUCUCCAUUGCGGCCAUGGCAACUGCCGGUGAGAGGGCCAACCAGUGGAGGGUGCCCCUGGAGCUCAUCGACUCCCACCGGACAUUGACAGGGGCAGUUCUGUAUGGGGCUGCAUUCGAUGCUCUGGAAAGUUGGGGCAAGUGGACUGAAGCGCUUGACCUCUACCAAGAACUCCCCAUCCAGCUGUCUUCCCCGCAUCCGAGCUGGCAGGAAAGGAGCUCACAGAUGCAAGGCAUGCGGCGGACUCUCAUCGGCACGCCGCACUACAUGGCUCCAGAAGUCAUACUUGGGGAGGACUAUGGAGACUGCUGCGAUGUGUGGUCCCUGGGGGUUUGCCUCUACGAGUUCGUCGUCGGGCCGUUGCCCUUCGCCAACAAUCUGGAGAAUCCAAAGCAGGUUUUCCAGCAAAUCCUGACCACCCCGCUGUCCUUUCCGGGCCAUGUUGCGAGCAGCGCCUGCAAGCAUCUCAUCAGGCAAUCCGCUCGCGGUGUGAAAGAUCGGAUGCAGCUUAGAGGUGUAGAGGAUUCUCGAAGGCAUAGGUUCAGCAAUUGUUGGUUUAGGUCACAUGUAUGGCACCAUGGCCCAGUAGCUGCUCUGUGGAUUCCCAUUGUUUGCCCGCGAGAACCUGUAUGCGCAUAA